UGAUCUAUCAAGAUUGGAUAAACUGGAACAACGAGUCACAGACUCAAUCAUUGAUGAUCUGUUGUCACCACAUAUUGCAGUAAUCAAAAAUUACCAAGAUUUUGCCGACAAGUUCAUUGUAAAACUCCAUAGCCACUUGAAAACAUCAGGAAGUAAUAUUAGGAAUGCUUUGCCAAUCACUGUUGAUCUUAACAAUAUUGAUGAACUGGAUAAGGAUGGUUCAUAUCAUCCCUAUGGUGGUGGCUAUCAACGUGGAUCAAGUUUAAAAGAAGUUAUAGAACUUAUUGAAACUGUUUCUGACAAACCAUUCUCCUUACCAGCUGUUUCUGAUGAUAACUCAG